ACAAGAUCUCUGAGCUUCAGCUGCUCAUCAGAUAUGCAGGAUGAGAAGAUUACUUGGAAUUCUUGUACUUUUGAAAUAUUGCAUUUGCGGUGACGUGCAUGACUUUGAUGGAAAUAUCAAGAACUUUGUAGUUGGUAACAGUAAGUUAUUUGUUCUUACUGACCAUCGACUACAUCAGAUGAGCCACGAUCUUUCUGAGGUGAAGAGGAAAGACAUCACUGAUGCCACUGAACACAACAGAGUCAACAUUCUGCUGCCUUUUGACGCCAACGGCACCCUGAUAACGUGUGGGGCUUAUAAAGAUGGAUAUUGUGAGGUUCUUGAUAUAAAUGACAUUACAAACAGCAUUUACUAUGAAAGUAAUAUAUUGAUAGGACCGCGACAGGAUGAGAAAUCUGUUGCCUUCAUAGCCGGUACAAGUAGCAGUAGGUACCUUUUGGUUGGGAAAAAAGACGACGAUGCAAAAGCUCAGGAUACCAGGUAUUCUGUUGUUACCUUGUGGAACACUUUACAGUCUCAAGCAGGUGGGAUUUUCUCAAAAAUAGCAGAAGGAUCAGAUGCCAGCAUUCAGAGCACUGUGAGAGAUGUGGAGUUUGUUGGCGGAUUCCAGAGAGUUUCACCCUCAGAAUCCUACUUAUUUCUCAACGCAAAGACUGGCUCAGAGAGGAAAGUGCUCGUCCUGUGGAUGAACAGCUCUAAAGGAAAAAAGAGAGACAUCAUCAAAUCCCUACAGGCUGCAACGAUACGAUGCUGCAGUGAUAAAGCUCGUCCAGUGCUCGUCGCCUGCACUGUUAUUCCCUCAGUGAACAGCGUUAUUUGGGCAGGGGUGUGCAGUGCGCAGAAUCAGCAGGAUCCGGAGAACAGCGCGCUGGCUCUGUACGACAUCAGGAGCAUUCAAGGCCGAGUGAAGGGCUUCUGCGCUUAUGGUGAAAACCCAUGUGGUUCAGAGAGUGAUACUGAACUUCAGCCGCUGUCUGUGGUGUUCAAGCACAGCUCAAUGUCAGCAGUGGCAGCAGUUAGAAGUGGAUCCUGGAUUGUGCUGUUCAUAGGAACCAGUGAUGGUCAACUCAUAAAGAAAGAUCGUGGCUCAUCUGAUGUAGUCGAUGGUCAGUAA